AUUCCUUGAGGAAAGAAAUAAACUACAUUAUUCACGAUAUAAUGAUCAAAGAGGAGGUAGAUGGGGAAGAGCAGGAUUGGGAAGAGGAAAAUUUGGAAGAGGAGGAUGGAGAGGAGGCGGAGAAGGAAACAAAGGAAGAGGCGGACAAGGAAGAGAAGGAUGGAGAAAAAGAGGAUGGAGAGGAAAUUGGGGAGGAAGGUGGGGGAGAGUAAAUAAUGUUUACUAUAAUUAUUAUUCAUAAAAUAAAUAUUGUAUAAAUAAUAAAAAUGAAACAUUGUAAAAUUUUAUUUUCCUUUUCUCGCACAAUGAACCACCGCGAUCGCGGCAACGGCGAGUACAUCCGUGACGAAAAUUGAAUUGGAAAGUAAAUAAAGUGUAAACAAAA